AAAUCUCAGCCUGGACACAGAGGAACUGGUAACUGGAGAGAAAAUAACGAGAGGCAAACUCCAAGUGAAUGGAGGAUGUGUUCACUGAUAGGGUCCUGCACGUUACUCGCCUUAUUUCUUACCGAAGCUGCCCUUGGAUUAUACUUCCCCAGGAAGACCUACGAAGCCACAGUAUACAUUGGCCAGCCAGCAGACACUCCACUCCUCCAGGUCUACGCUUUACCCGAUGAGGGAGACCACAUGGCUUACUUUGGCUUUUGCAACAAUCUAUUGAGUGGAUUCCGACAUCACUGGUUCAGAAUUGAUGAGCGAUCUGGGGUCUUCUACCUUAACAAGACUCUGGAGGAGAGUGACCUCAGUGUGCUGGGCAACAUGGGUGGACCAGAAUUAUAUAAGAUCAUGCUGCAUAUCUUUGCUGCUCCAGAACCACAUCGUGAAAAGGAGUGCAAGGCACAGGUCAUAAUUAUUGUGGUGAACAAAAUCUUACCAUCCUGUGCCAACAUCACAGCGGAAGACCUUUGCUUUGGAGAAGUGGAUUCCAAGGUUCAAAUUAUUGAGAACAAAGAUCCAGCGACUUUCUUUCAAAUGAAUUCCUUGCCAAACCAGUACCAAUGUCAGCAUGCCAACAUCUCCUAUCAUCUUGGGACAGAUGCUUCCCAUCCAUUCAGGAUCAAUGAGGAGACAUCUGAGAUCAGUGUGGUGAAGCCUCUCGACAGGGAGCAGAUGGAGAUGUAUGAUAUUAUUGUCAAGUGUAUAUUGCGGACACCUACCCAGAUCGUUCAAGUUGAAAGAUCCUUGCAUGUAACUGUCCUCGAUGAAGGAGAUAAUGCUCCAUACAUCCUUGACGGCAACGACACAGCUGAGGCUUUCAUCGAGUUCAACAGGAAGGAGCACACUGUGGUGGCAACUCUCUUUGUGUAUGACAUCGACAGCACCACUAAGUACACAACCACCGUGACACGGAAUGACACAUGGAUCACAGAGAACUUCCGCGUGAAGCCCACUGCAUUGGAGAUACCGGCCAGCGCAGAUAGGCCUGCCCGGGGGACGGUAAACAAAUACGAGUUGUUGCUGAAGAGGAGCCUGUCGGUCUCAGAGAACCGAUCCUUCAGUUUAGACGUACUGGUCCAGGACACAGAGUACAGUGGUCCCAACAGCUCCGUGAUGCUUCAUUUCAAUGUUACGGUCCGGCCUAUUGUCAUUGAGUUCACUGAGAAAACAUUCUACUUCUCAGUGAACAGGAAUGCAGGACGUUCUGCAAAGAUGGGAAGAAUUUGCAUCGCAAACUGUCAGAACUUUCAAGCUUUAAGCAUAACCUACACACUGGUGCCAGUGAUCCAAAGCGAAGAGAACGUCACACAACAGGACAAAGGCUGUUCAUCUAUCAUAGGGGUUCUGAAGCAAGCCGAAGAUAUAUUUGGGAUCCUGUACAUCAGUGAUGUGAAGAUGCUUAGGAAUACCACGUGCGUCAAACUUCAUUACAUUGUCAUUGCUAAUGAAUCACUGAGCAAGGAAGAGGCAAAGACCAAUAUUAUUGUCACACUGGAGGGUAAAUACAAGGAGAGAAAUAAUAAUUGCCCCAAAAUCUGUGCAACAAACAAACAGCGCUCAGAGUGUGAGGAAUGUGGUGGACCUGGAACAUUAACUGGGAGAUGUCAGUGGCGACAGGGCUAUGAGAAGGGAAUAUCCAAAAAUUACUCUACCUGCUCAUCAGAUCUCUCCAGCUGCCCUGAUGGAUAUUGUGAUGUGGUGGAGCAGAAGAAGGGAACGUGUCCACAGGACUGCAUAGAGGGGGAAAAAGUCGUUGGUGGAUUUGAACCUGGAGAGCUGGGAGGAAUUAAAGGAGGCUUUGGAACUUGUGUGUGCUACUCCGAAAACAAAUGCAUCUGCCAAAAGAACGAUUUUGUUGGGGAGGCUUGCGAUGAUCUGUGUAAAACCAUUAUUGCAGCUGCGGUGUUGUUGUCCUUCAUCCUGUCUGUGCUGCUUUCCUCCUAUUUCAUUCACCGAUACCAUAAAACCACUCCCAAGCCCCCCAUCGCUUCAGCAGAAAUGACCUUCAGGAGGCCAGCUCAGGCUUAUCCAAUCAGCUACUCCUCCAAUAAUAUCCGGAGGCCUUCUAUAGAUUCCAUGGAAAACCAAGUGGCUGUGGAUUCCUUCAAGAUACCAGAGGACCCCAAGUGGGAGUUUGCAAGGAAGAAUCUGGUCCUGGGCAAAACUCUUGGGGAAGGAGAAUUCGGGAGAGUCGUGAAGGCUACGGCAUUCAAACUCAAGGGCAAAGCAGGCUAUACCACCGUGGCUGUCAAAAUGUUAAAAGAGAAUGCGUCUCAGAGUGAGCUACGAGAUCUUCUGUCAGAGUUCAACCUCCUGAAACAAGUGAACCAUCCUCAUAUCAUCAAACUAUAUGGAGCCUGCAGUCAGGACGGUCCUCUCUAUCUUAUUGUGGAAUAUGCCAAAUAUGGAUCACUGAGAAGUUUCCUGAGGGAAAGCCGUAAGGUCGGUCCCAGUUAUCUGGGCGAAGGCAAUCGGAACUCCAGUUAUUUGGAUAAUCCAGAUGAACGGGCCCUGACCAUGGGAGACUUGAUAUCCUUUGCCUGGCAGAUCUCCCGAGGAAUGCAAUACCUGGCUGAAAUGAAGCUUGUUCAUCGUGACUUGGCAGCACGAAACGUAUUGGUUGCCGAAGGGCGUAAGAUGAAGAUCUCCGAUUUUGGGCUUUCCCGGGAUGUGUAUGAGGAGGACUCUUAUGUAAAGAGAAGCAAGGGUCGAAUUCCUGUUAAAUGGAUGGCGAUUGAGUCUUUGUUUGAUCACAUCUACACGACGCAGAGUGACGUGUGGUCAUUCGGCAUUCUGCUUUGGGAAAUAGUGACACUGGGUGGAAAUCCCUAUCCUGGAAUUGCCCCGGAACGCCUCUUCAAUCUGCUAAAGACAGGAUAUCGCAUGGAGAGACCGGAAAACUGCAGUGAGGAAAUGUACAACUUGAUGCUGCAAUGCUGGAAACAAGAGCCGGAUAAACGGCCAACAUUUGCAGAAAUCAGCAAAGAACUGGAGAAGAUGAUGGUGAGGAGCCGGGAUUACCUGGACCUUGCAGCCUCCACACCAUCGGACUCCCUGCUCUAUGACGACGGAGUGGCCGAAGAAGAGACGCCAUUGGUAGACUGUAAUAAUGCUCCCCUCCCUCGGUCCCUCCCCUCCACAUGGAUUGAGAACAAACUCUACGGGAUCUCGUACCCCCGCUGGUCUGAAGACAGCCCUGUCCCCAUCACAAGAUUCGAUGGAACUAACUCAGUCUUUACAAGAUAUGCAAAUGAUAGUGUUUAUUCAAACUGGAUGGUGUCACCGACAGCUACAAAAUUUAUGGAGCGUUGUGAUACUUAAAAAGCCCAAGACAAGCCAAUUGCUACGCGUGCACAUUCAUACCUUAUUCCCUCAGCACACUCACAGACACAUAAUCCCUCCUCCGCAAAGCUUAAAACUGGGUGAAAUUAAUGAAUUCCAAACUGCUAGCUCCCAACAUGGUGUGAGGAAUAGGUGACCUCUGUAUCCUCACCCGGAGACCUUUUGCUUCACAGAGGCCAUUUCUUCACUUUGAAAUCGCCCCAUCCCAUUUCCUCAGUAUGACUGGUGCCACAUAGCCUGAGAUGAUUCAGCAUUUUUGAAUGACCUAAAUUGAGGAAAGGAAGAGGCAUUGGGACGUGAAAUGGUAGCCAGGGGGUCCCAGCAGUGGAGGAAAGAAAGUGGAGCCAAGGUGAACGGAAAGUUAUGUGAAACAAUAUACACAGCUUGAACGAUUACAGCAAACUGUUUGCCAAUCCUAAUUAUGUGGGGCAGAAGGAAUUAUAAUUUUAGAAUAAUUUAUCCUUGCGCUUUGAAGUAAACCAAGAUUCUUCAUAUUUGCAGCUGACUUACAAUAGUUAACUAUUACCUACAAUCACACUGGCUCGAUUAUUUGAGCAGUAUUUGCUGCUUCUGGCUUCGAAACAGUUCUUAGUUCUCUUGACAAAUGCACAAUUCACAUACCCAACACUUCUUCCUCGAAGUUCCCAGUGGUGAGAGCACCAUUAGAACAGGAAUAGGCUGAGCAGCUUUUCAGGCCCCUAGUGCCAUUCAGACAGAUCAAGGCUAAACAGUCCUUUAACACCAUGCAUCCAUCUUGGUUUCUGAAACCCUGUUUCUCUCGCUAAGUCCCACAAUCUCCAUUUUGAACAUUCCAAUUGGUCCUCAACAACAAAGAAAAAGAGAUUCAGAUUUCUGACUAGUUAUGGACCAGAAAUGUCAGUGUUCCUUGGGUAUCCAGAACAAAGGGUAUUCUGGUUGUUGUAAAUCAGGAGACAGCAGGGAUGGGGAGAGGAGAUCAACAGCAAGAUAACUGAACCUUGACCUUGGGAGCGGUGGGGUCAUGGCCUGUCUGUUCUUUUGCGACUCUUGGAGCUUGAACGAUGCAGCUGACCCGAUGCACAAGGACACUGUACAAAUUCAGCUCUGCUCAGCAGGUGAACACACUGUACAGAACUAAAGGGAAAACAACUGAACUUGGAAAUGGCCUAAAGGUGAUCACCACAGGGAUGGUGUUACCCUGCAAGUCCUUACUUGUUUUCAUGGCUAUCUCUCAAGGUCUGACGUUAGCUGGAAGACGUUGCUGCUGAUUCUCUGGCUCUGACUGGAGUCACUCUGUGAUGAAGGACAGGAUUUGCAGCCAGAUGUUAACUGUUAUUUUAAUGGACAUUGACUGAUUUAACAAGAAGAAUUUAUAUUGUACCUUGAAUACAGCUAAGCACAUUUCAGAAUAGAGCUGACCCUCUAUGAGGAUAUUAAUACCUGGUUCUUAAACUUCGGUGGAGUUUAAAAACUACCUUGAGAAAGGAAUAAGGGAUGGAGAGGUGGAGAAGUAUAAAGCCUUGCACUGGUUGCUGGAAGUGCAGAAAUUAAAACUAGGGUACGGACAAGAGGAACACCAAGAGCCUUGAGGACUGUCAGCCUAGAGGCCAUUAGCAGGAUAGAGGCAGUGAGACUACGGAGAGAUUUGAUGACAGGAAAGGGGAUUUUAAAAUUAAGAUGUUGGAGGGUUGAGGGCUGUGUAGGAGGGAAGGGUUAGACUAACUGUGCCAUAGAUUUAUAUAGGUCAGCAUAGCUUUUUGGGCUGAAGGGCCCGUAUUGUGCUGUAGUGUUCUAUGUUCAAUGACACUGUGUAGGUCAACAAGCACAAAGGUGAGGGGUGAACAAAGCAGUGAUACAGAUAUGUUUUAACAACCAGGGUGGCCACCCUAGCAUGGGUAGGUCUAAAGAAACAAAGGCAGGUAGAUGAGGGUCUCCAUGGCAGCUUAGCUGAGGCAGGGGAGGUUUUGGGAGACAUUUUAAUGUGAUGGCGAGGAAGUGGAGCCAAGUACACAUUUCUCUGCUCAGAUAUAACACCAAGGUUGCUCAGGUUCAGGCUGUUGACACUGAAUGGGUGAAGUCACUGGGUGGGACAAUGAGCCUGUGCCCAGGGGCUCAAGGUGAUAGCUUUAGACUUUCUGAUAUUUAUUGUAAGAAACCUCUGGAGACAGACCAGCAAAAUACCAAGUGGAAGCUGAAGAUGCAGAGGGGAAUUUAAGCUGGGUGCUGCACACACGUGGAAAACGAGCACCAUGUGUUGGGGUAAGAUUUGGGAAAGAAAACAGAAGGGAUGGAUCUCCAGGGUAUGCCAAAUAUAAUGGGAUGAGUGCAGCACGGAAAGCCACUGCUGUAGAUUCUUUUGGCUGGAACUGGAAAGAUUUUACUUAAACAGGGUUCAAGCAGCAAAUAACACAGUGCCAAACAAACACUUCAAGCCCAAUGCCCAGGUAAUGGGAAUGUUCUUGCUGCACAUUGGCCACACUCUGAACAGAAGCAGCCAUGUUAGACUGUCCAGGAGUCGGCAUUGAGUACGAGCCAGUGCUGCAGCCUCAGUGUGUUUCUCUUUAUUUCCUCUGGAGCCGGGGUGAGCUGGCCCAUUUUCACCUGAUGUGUAGGAACAAUUCCAUGGAUACAGAAAUGAGUUGUGUUGUUUGAGAUGUUGGGCUGGGUCUACUUCAGCUCCAAAAGGAUGAGGGUGAGAUUGUUCUUCUUGUGACUAAAGGGUGCGUGUGUAUCAAUAGCUACAGCGCCUAGCAAUGGUGCGGUGAACUCUUUAUAAAGCUGCUUUGAAUGACUUGAGUGGAGAGAGGGAAGGCCAAUAACAUUAGAUUUGUGACCUUCGUUGCAUUUCGUAUCUCCUUACGAGGGCUGCUAAGGUUUUUUAAGGUGCUGGAAUUAGAAAAGGAAUAAAAUUUGUAGAUUUUAAUCAUUUCCUUUCCAAGGAGACAAGUGUUCCCUAUCUCUUGGCUGUAGCACCACGCUGCUCUCUAGUGGCAAGCUCCAGAAUAACACCAAUGCUGACAGUGCAUUGAGUUAACGGCUAAUAAAAUGCAGCAUAUAUCAUUAAUAUAUUAAACUAUGAAUAUAGAAAGGGUGUGGGUUUUAAAUGAGGCAAUGACUUACCUAUUUGAAACAGUUUAAAACCCCUGUUAAAACACCAAAUCAUUAAUCUGAGCAGAGUACAGUUAUUAAUAGAUAUAAAGGGUGGCGCUUUGAGUCAUAAAUCAGAAGAUAUCCUGAUCAUCAUAAUUUAUGUAAGUGAUGUUUGGGAAGAUUUAUACUAUCUGAUGUGUAACGCGUGCACUUACUACAGCUCUGCAGAAAUCAAGAUGAUUCGUUACAAAUCAGUAAACUAUCUUAGAGCAUCAUCUCCCCACUUGUCACUUGACAAAUAACAAGAAAAUUAUUGAAAGAGGGAUUUCUCAUGUUCUGAGUAUCUUCUGUGCUUCCAAUUCCAACCACGCCUUGCCCCUCGCUAGGAUAAAAUUACUGCAUGAUCGCAUUUUUGCUUCCUUCCUUCAUCCCUACAAGGUUGGUUUGGUUUGUAGUGGAAUGCCUCAUCCCUCUUAGCACCAAUUGUGCUUGACUGCAGCAUAACCACAACAUGAGAAUUAUUACACUAUAUACUCUCGCCUCCAUCAAAAACAUAAAACAGAGUUUGAAUUUUGCAGGUGAAUACACACCAAGUGAUAUCUGGACUCCUUGACUCGGUUAUGCAUUUACCAAUUACGUUGCUGUACCUUGGGCUUCUAUUAUUUCACAAGGCAGUGACAAUCUAUGGGGCUUACUGGGUGAGGCUUCUUGGAUCCAUAGAAUGAUUGCAGCACAAAAGUGGACCGUUUGCCCAGUGAAUCAUUUCCCAGUUCCUAGUGGAGCAACUCCAUCCAUCCCAUUCUUCUGCUUUUUCCCUGGAGCCUUCCCCAUCCAAUUCCUGCCACUCUUGCAAGUGAUGAAUUCCAACACACAAUCUCACUACACGUAAAAAUGGUUUCCUCAUAUCCUCAAAUGUUAAGGCCAAAACUUUCAAUCGGUGCCUGGAUUGUUAAUCUAUCUGCUUCCCUCUAUUUACCCUUUCACGAUCUUGUCCACUUCUAUCAACUGUCCUCUCAGCUGCCUUUGAUCCAAAGAGAACAUCUUCAGUAUCUCCAGUCUAAACUGGAGAAAUCCUUCAUCCCCGGAACCAUUCCAGGAAACCUUUGCUGCCCCAUCUCUGACACCAUCACAUUCUUCCUAAAGUGAAAUGACCAGGAUUAGAAGCACUGUUCCAGUUUUGGCCUAAUCACUGUGUUACACAGGUUCAACAGUCAUGAGCUUUGUAAGAUGGAAUGGCAGUCAGAGAUAAGGUCAUAGUACAGAGCAGUGGAAACUUGUCCUGGGGGAAAAGGCUGCUUGCUUGGGAAACAUUUUCAUAAAGUUACCCUUUACAUGCCUAUGACACACAUUAAGUGCCUUUGCAAAAAUGUGCAUGCGCAUAUAUGUUCAGUGGCCAUUUUAUGAGGUAUAUCUGUACACCUGCUCAUAAAUGCAAAUAUCUAAUUGGCCAAUCAUGUGGCAGCAACUCAAUGCAGGAAGGCAUGCAGACAUGGUCAAGAGGUUCAGUUGUUGUUCAGACCAAACAACAGAAUGGGGAAGAAAUAUGAUCUAAGUGUCUUUGACCAUGGAACGAUCAUUAGUGCCAGUUGGGGUGGUUUGAGUAUCUCAGAAACUGCUGAUUUCCUGAGAUUUUCAUCAUCAUAGUCUCUAGAGUUUACACAGAUGGUGUGAAAACCAAAAAAAAAAUCCAGUGAGCGGCAAUUCUGUGGCCAAAAAAGCCUUGUUAAUUAGAGAGAUAAGAUGAGAAUGGCCAGACUGGUUUAAGCUGACAGGAAGGCAGCAGUAUCUCAAAUAACCAAGACAUCAUUACAACAGUGGUGUGUAGAACAGCAUCUCUGAAUGCAAAAGACGUCGAACUAUGACGUGGAUGGGCUGCGGCAGGAGAAGAUCAUGGACAUACACUGAGUGGCUGCUUUACUAGGUACCUCCUGUACCUAAUAAAGUGGCUAUUUUAUUAUAUGUAUCUAAUAGGGGGUAACUGGGAGGGGAAUCAUAGUAUUAGUUGGGUAAUGGAUGUGUUUUGUAUCCAGCCCACUAUUCUUUUCCAUCAUAGUCAAAAGUGUGUAAUGGGGGCAUGAUCCAAUGUGUCCCAGUCAAUUAUCUUCCCUCAACUAAUGUCACCAAAAGAUAGGUUAGUGGCCUGGUACAGUGCGUGGAUCUUCACAGACAGGUCUUGCCCUUUGUUCUGUCACUGUUACACUCACAACACACAAACUUCUUUUGCCAUCGUAAUCACAGCACAUUUCAGGAGCAAAUCUACCUUCUUGGCCUUGCCCUGCUCUCAAUGUAGCAUUGUGUUUCCUUGUUGUUAAUUCACACCAAAUGAAUUUGGAAAUAUAUUUUUUAAAUGUAAAAAUUAUCUUAAAUAAUGUCAUACCAUUCUGUUAAUUAGAAUUAAUUUAUUAAUUUUGAGGAUGACUAUUUAAACUGAAUAUUUCAGUAUAUUUUCAACCAUAAGAAUAUUUGUUUCUGCAUUUGUUGUGUAGAUUUAGUGGGCAUAAUAUUGAAAAUCUGUUAUGCAAUAAAUAAUGUAUUAUGGAUGUAAAUCAUUUUUUGCAUAAA